AUGAAUAGUGGCAACACCUUAUCGAAGCUAGCUCUUUAUUUCUCCUCUUCCGAGGUUUUUUUCCGGCGAGCUGACGGUGGUGAUGGAGUCUUUUGUUACUGCUGGGCCACCGUAUUAGCACUUGUCUUCAUUUUCCUCUGCCAAAUCUUCCGCAAAGUUCGAGUCUUUACUCAUGCUUCUUCGUCUUCACCUACCGUAUCAGUUUCUCAGUCUCUGAGGAGCUCCCAAUCAGGAAUAUCUACACUUGUUUCUGAUGAAGACCUGAAAGGACUGAUUGAAAAACUUGGGGAGAGAGAUGGAGAUGCUGAGAUUUGGGAAGAUAUCAUUCACAAAAGCAACGCUCGCGUCUCGUACACUGCCAAAUGCUGCAAACCAAAAGACGGUGGUCCCAUGAAGUACUUAAGUACCACGGUGUUUGAGGACUGCUCUCCAGAGGCUUUGAGGGACUUUUACAUGGACAAUGAGUACAGGAAACAGUGGGAUAAGACCGUGGUCGAGCACGAGCAGUUGCAGGUCGACAGUAACAGCGGAGUUGAGAUUGGUCGGACGAUAAAGAAGUUUCCUUUCUUGACACCAAGGGAGUAUGUAUUAGCUUGGAGGUUGUGGGAGGGGAUGAAUGAUAAGUUCUAUUGUUUCAUCAAGGAUUGUGAUCACAAUAUGGUGUUGCAACAGAGGAAGUAUGUACGUGUGAGUUAUUUCAGAUCUGGUUGGCGAAUUAGGAAAGUUCCAGGUAGGAACGCUUGUGAGAUCCACAUGUUCCACCAGGAAGAUGCUGGAUUAAAUGUUGAGAUGGCAAAGCUUGCUUUCUCAAAAGGCAUAUGGAGUUACGUUUGUAAGAUGGAAAGUGCACUUCGUAAGUACACUGCAACCAGUCAUAGACCCCAAGGGCCCACUGUAUCUGCUGUCAGCUUAAUGAAAAAGAUUCCAUCAGAGUUAGAGAAUGAGACAGAUGACAUCACAAACUCCUUGGGAACUAUGCACAGAGGUGAAGGAGCCAAACGGAAGAAGCUAUUGAGAAAGCCUUCAAAGAAACAGAUAGCAAACGGUCUGUUACUUGUGGGCGGUGCAGUUGGUGGUGCGGUUUGCCUCUCUCGUGGUCACUCCGCCUCCUUAGGUGCAAAGGUUGCCCUGGCUUACUUCUUGACGAAGCUGAGCAAGCGUGGAGCUCCACUUAGUCAGACUUCACAGAACGCUGGUAUUUAAGUCAUGUAUAUAUUUUGUUUGAUGAAGCAUCUCUGAUUCCUAAGCUUGUGUGAUAGAGAAGUUGUCUGAAGAAGUGAUUGAUGUGUAUAUAUUUAGCGAUGGCUCUGAACCACAUGAGUUCCUGGUCUGCAAAGUUUUGUAUACCUCUCUCAUGGAGGACAUUACAUGUAUGUUACCGUGAAUGUAUAACAUUAUAUAUAUUCAGACAAGCCCUCUGGAAUAUUGUUUGAUGGUUCA